GCAGGAGUGUGCGGAUUAAGACGCGACCCCUGAGAGUGUAAAUCAGCGUACAGAGUGGUGUGUGAGAAAGUGUGAGUGUGUGUGAAGUUCUCCCGGUUAUUACAGUGUGUGUGUGUGUGUGUGUGUGUAUAUAAAUCUCAGGGUGUUUAUCAGCUGGGUGUAUGCAGGUGAGGUGGGUGUUGUGUAAGGCUCUAACAGCACUGCGCUCCUCACAUUUACUUAGACGACUUGCACCCAGACAGACUCACUUCACUAGACGCUUUGAGACCAUGGAGACAGAGAAUGCAGCAGGACAUGGCCUGAGACCUGGAGAGACGCUGGAGACAGAGGGUGGGGUGUCCGAGAAUGCAGCAGGACAUGGCCUGAGACCUGGAGAGACGCUGGAGACGGAGGGUGUGGUGUCUGAGAAUGCAGCAGGACAUGGCCUGAGACCUGGAGAGACACUGGUGAAGGAGGGGAGAGCAUCUGUCCUGUUCCCUGGUGCUAACGAGGUUUUCUACAAUCCAGUGCAGGAGUUUAACAGAGACCUCACGUGUGCAGUACUGACGGAGUUUGUGCGAGAGACGCUGGCUCAGAGAGGAGUACGCAUCCUUGUCCCCGGGGAGAAGGACAGAGUGGUGGUGUCCCUGACGGAGGACGAGGAGAAGACGACUGGGAGGGAGGUGGAGCGUGAGGAGACAGAGGAGGCGGAGUUUAGGACGGCGGUGGUGGGCGAGCGCUGUGAGGAGGGGCUGUGUGUGCUCGAGGGAUUGGCCGCUUCAGGCCUGCGCUCCGUCCGAUUCGCUCUCGAGGUGCCGGGGCUAAAACGAGUCACAGCCAACGACUUCUCAGCGAAGGCUGCUGAGCUCAUCACACGCAACAUACACCACAACAACCUCACACACCUGAUGGAGACGCAGAACAGAGACGCCAGCAUGCUGAUGUACGAGGCGAGAGCGAAGAACGCCCGCUAUGAUGUCAUCGAUCUGGACCCGUACGGGAGCCCCGCCCAUUUCCUGGAUGCUGCAGUUCAGGCUGUUAGUGAUGGAGGCCUCCUGUGUAUCACGUGUACAGACAUGGCCGUGAUGGCGGGAAACAGCGGAGAGACGUGUUACAGCAAAUACGGUUCCGUCUCCAUCAAAUCCAAAUACUGCCACGAGAUGGCCUUGAGGAUCAUCCUGCACAGUCUGGAUCAGCGUGCUAACGUCCAUCAGCGCUACAUCCAGCCCUUACUGAGUGUUAGUGUUGACUUCUACAUACGGGUCUUCAUUCGGGUCAGAACCGGGCAGGCUACUGUCAAAAACUCAGCCAGUAAGCAGGCGUUGGUGUAUAACUGUGUUGGAUGUGGAGCGUACCAUCUGCAGAGAAUGGGCAAGAAGACAUGCCAAGGGAAAAAUAUGAAGUACUCGGCUGCUACAGGACCUCCUGUUGGAGAAUUAUGUUCACACUGCGGUCAGAGACAUCAGCUCGGAGGUCCGAUUUGGGCAGAACCGAUCCACGAUGUUGCGUUUGUUCAGAAGGUUCUGAGUGCGGUUUCGGGGAACCCGUCUCGCUUCGGCACCUCCAAACAUCGAGGAAUUCUCAGCAUGAUCACUGAGGAGCUACAGGAUGUUCCCCUGUACUAUGUUCUGGACCAGCUGAGCAGCACCCUGCACUGUAACACACCCUCCAUGCUACAGUUCAGGUCAGCAGUGUUGAAUGCAGGUUACAGAGUGUCUCUAUCUCACGCCUGUAAAAACGCAGUGAAGACCGACGCUCCUUCUGCAGUCCUCUGGGACAUCAUGCGCUGCUGGGAAAAGAAGAACCCAGUGAGGAGAGAGAGAUUAUCAGAGACAAGUCCAGCGUUCCGUAUUCUCACCACAGAACCUACUGUUCAGGCUUGUUUUGAUGUGAGAGACGAUGCAAACCCUCAGUCACGUAAACGUCACCUCACACGCUUCCAGGAGAAUCCUCAGGCUAACUGGGGUCCUAAAGCACGUGCCAGGUCCGGGGGGGGUAUAUCCUGUGAGCUGGAGGAUAAGAGGAAGAAGUUUCAGGGCAAAAGGAAGAACCAAAUAACAGACUUUUCUCAGCUAAAACACUUCCCCUGCAAGAAAUUCCGCAAGGGAACCUGCACAUAUGGAGAUAAGUGUGGUUACUCCCAUGAUGCCGAGCAGCAGGAGCCUUGAGCAGGAGAGCAGACAGCAUGAUGAUGAUGAUGAUGAUGAUCAGAGCUUUACUUCUCUCACGUGAUCCUCUCAUGCUGAGGUGGUCAUGUGGUGGACAGUUGAUUGGUUAGUGACUGUCAGAGGAGCGCUGGGUCCUAAAGGAAGUCGUGUUUUUGUUUUUAGGCCGCAGUAAAUGUUCGGCUCCUUCACUCUGCGUGACUUCCAGCUUCAGUUGUGAGAUUUUAUUUUAUUGUGUUUAUUAUUUUGCCACUUUUAGUUCAGAUUGUGAUGAUUAAAUGCAAUAAAUACAGAAAGGAAACGUC